UUUUUAAAAAAAAUGGGAGAGAAAAGAGAAGUGAAGUUAUUUGGGAUGUGGGCAAGUCCAUUCUCAUUAAGGGUAGAAUGGGCUUUGAAACUCAAAGGUAUUGAUUAUGAAUACAUCAAUGAAAAAGACAUUCCAUACAAAAAGAGCCAAGAGCUUCUUCACUUCAAUCCAAUCACUAAAAAAAUCCCUGUUCUUGUUCAUCAUGGCAAACCCCUCCCUGAAUCAACGGUCAUCGUUGAGUACAUCGAUGAGGCCUGGCCUAACGGGUUUCGGAUCUUGCCUUUGGAUCCGUUUGAGAGGGCUCAAGCCCGUUUUUGGGCACGCUUUGCUGACGAGAAGUUCUUGCCAAUUAUAUUUAAUGUGUAUACAAAAACCGGCGAGGAGCUAAAGAAGGCCGCAAAGGAACUACAAGAGGCUCUCAAAAAUCUCGAAAAAGCCCUUGAUGGUAAGAAAUUCUUCGGGGGUGAAACACUCGGGUACUUGGACAUCAUCGUCGGGUGGAUACCAUAUUGGCUCCGAGUGAUCGAGGAGCUCACCGGAGCCAUCAUCAUCGAUGAUGAAACACUUCCCUUGAUGAAUGCAUGGUUUGAUAAUUUUUUGGCAGUUGAAAUUAUCAAAAAUACCCUUCCUCCGAAGGAUGAAUUCUAUGAGUUCAGUAGAGGACGCCGUGAAGAGUUUAUGUCCGGACAAUUAACUCUUGAUUAAUUAAGUCAUACUCUAAUAUGAAAAAUAAUGAGUUUAUGUUACCUUCUGUAUUGACUAAUAUUAUAUUUUUAAUCCA